AAUGAAGUCUGUUUUGGGAGAAGGGGUGUUUCUGUUUGGUCUUCAUAUUGGGUUUUUUUUUCCUCCCUAUGUUUCUGGUUGUUCUGCAAAUGAAGCUUUUCACACUGCUCCUGACUUACUGCAUUACUGAGGAUAGGCUUGGACAACAAACAGACCCCAGUUUUCUGCUCUGCCCCUCUGUGAGAAGUUCUUGUUCAGCCCAUGUGGAAGGAGAGCGUGUGUCCCUGCUUCAGCUGCUGCCACACAGAGCCCAGCAGCAUGGCUGGGACCCACCUUUGAUGGCACUGCACACUCAGACUUUGGUUGUUGAAUCAAAGCUCAAUUCCCUUCUGCCACCUCGGCUUCCUGUGAGGACAGCUGGAAACACUCAUGUCUUUAACAGCUGCAGCAAGAUUCUGUGAAGCUCGUAUGUGAAAGCCCUGAGAGAAGAGACACUGCAAAUGGAAAGAGUGAUGCCCACUUUUCACUGAUUUCUGCUGGAUUUAGGUUAGGAUUUGACUAUGGCAGUGCGGCUCCUGUGGAAGGCAUCAGUGUGGUUCAAGAAGCACAAGAUCGCUGUGUUGGCCGUUUCUUGCACGGGACUGCUUGGCACUAACCUUUCCUAUCACGUGUUUCCUGAGCAGACAUUCAGACUGCUGCACGAGUGCUGGUCCGAGGGGCAGCCAGCUGAGCUCUCGGAGAAGCUCUGUGCUGUGUUUCAGGAUGUCCUUCAAGAUACUGCUGUGAAGUCCACUGGCUCCUACAGAGCCUUUGCAGCCUCUAGCUUCCACCCUGUGAGCGCUGGAAUUCCCUGGCUGCCCCAAGGCUGUUUGGUGGGCAUCCCGCCUAACUUUGAUAGCACAGCUGAGGAUAAAAAAGGAAUAGUCAACCAUGUUGUUGUAAUAAAUGGCAAGGAGGUAGACUGGGAGAGCAGAGAAGGUGUGGCUUUGAAGGAAGCUCUCACAUUUUCCCUUAAAGCUCAGAAGUUUGCUAUUGCCAGAGAAGUUGUGUACUUGCAGAGUGGCAGCCCUUUAGCAAGUGCAGUUGUGGCUCCGACUUGCUUGGCUGGGACUGUUGUCUGUGGGAGUGCUCUAAAGCUGCUGCUGGGGUUAUCCCGCGGCCCUGUGAUCCUCCGGGGCCUGUGUAACCUUGUCACUGCCAUGGGAGGACUGCUCUGCUACUAUGUCUCUUCUGAUGCCAUCACCCAUCACCUGGACUGCAGGGCCGACUCCAAGGCAGCCCGGCUUUCCAAGGACUAUGCCAGCGGUGGCCUUGAAUUUUAUGAUAAAAUCUUGUACCGCAACAGGAUUUUUCGUGGUCUGAUGGGCAAAGAAGGGAUGAAAAUGUAUGCCCCAAGUGGUAACCUUUUCCCAAGGCACUGGUUCAGAUUAAAGUAUACCCCGUACACUUACCGGAGAACUUUGAUUCUUAAUAUUUUAAGAGAGCUCCAGGCAUCUGAUGGGAGUGCAUGAAUUUUAAACUUGUGAAUUAUGUAUUUUGGAACACCGCUGUGCUGCUUUUUUAUUUUUUUCCCUCUGUAUCUUCAUUAGAAUUUCGGGGUUUAUUUUUGCAUAUAGUUCAGAAAGAGUUAUUGCACGUUUCUUGAAUAAAGAAUUCUCUCUUAAAAUAUUAAAGACUUGCUUCCAAAGUG